UGGGUAUUUUAUUUAACUGACAACACUCAGCAAUGAAAUGAAGAAAAACAAAGCAAAAAUGUAGGGAUGGAUCUAGGAGUGAUUAUAGGAUGGACUGAAGUUUUAUUUUGUUUUGUUUUUGUGAUACAGAUGCUGAUCUUCUCAUUACCUCUCCUAUUGGAAUGUGAUUGCAAAAUUAGAUUGUGAUUUAACAGUAAGCCCCAUGGCAACCAUAAACUCCAACAAUACUCUGUCCUCCACAUUCUAUCUCACAGGUAUCCCUGGAUAUGAGGAAUUUCACCCAUGGAUUUCCAUCCCAUUCUGUCUCCUCUACCUUGUUGGAAUAAUGGGUAACUGUACUAUCCUACAUGUUGUCCGGACAGACCCCAGGCUCCAUGAGCCAAUGUACUACUUCUUGGCCAUGCUUUCCCUCACUGACAUGGGCAUGUCCUUGCCCACAGUGAUAUCACUCUUCAGGGUAUUGUGGUCCAUUUCCAGGGAAAUCCAGUUCAAUACGUGUGUGGUCCAAAUGUUUUUCAUUCAUACCUUUUCCUUCACUGAAUCAUCUGUGCUCUUGGCGAUGGCCCUUGACCGAUAUGUGGCCAUCUGCCACCCUUUACGAUAUGCUACCAUUCUCACCCCAAUGCUUAUCACUAAAAUUGGAAUUGCAGCCUUGCUUAGGAGUGCCUUUGCCAUGAUUCCCCUUCUGGCCCGGCUGGCCUUCUUUCCCUUCUGCCAUUCCCACAUCCUUUCUCAUUCCUAUUGUCUGCACCAGGACAUGAUCCGCCUUGCCUGUGCUGACACCAAGUUUAAUGUUAUAUAUGGGUUGGUUCUGAUCACUGUGCUGUGGGGCAUGGACUCUCUGGGUAUUUUUGUGUCUUAUAUUUUCAUCCUUCACUCAGUAUUAAGAAUUUCAUCCCAGGAGGGGAGAUUUAAGGCCCUUAACACAUGUGCAUCCCACAUCUGUGCUGUACUUAUUCUGUAUGUGCCUAUGAUUGGGCUAUCUAUUGUCCAUCGUUUUGCAAAACACUCGUCCCCGCUCAUCCACAUCUUCAUGGCUCAUAUCUACUUGUUAGUUCCACCUGUGCUCAACCCAGUCAUCUAUAGUGUGAAGACCAAGCAGAUCCGCCAAGGAGUUCUCUGCCUACUUCUCCCCAGAAAAAUCAGUUCUACUUUGAUGUAA